AUGGCUCAAGGUUCAUCAAGGCUGCCGUUCGAGACAAUAAUCAUCGUGGGUGCUGGUCCAUCAGGGUUACUUUUAGCCAUCCUGCUUGCGCAACAAAACAUUCCCACUGUUGUACUUGAAUCCUGGCCACAUCUCGACACACGACUGCGGGCAACCCAGUAUGGCGUCCCAGCCACGCGCGUGUUUCGACGCGCAGGUGUUCUCGAGGACAUACGAAAAGCCAGCAUUGCAAAAUUCCCAAGCAUCUGCUGGAGACGCGUCUCAGACAGUGAAAUGCUCAUAAGUCUUGAUCUCUCACUAGUCGAAGAUCAUCCCGAUCGAAUGACUAUUUUGCCACUGGGUCAAAUUAUCCAGAUCCUAUAUCAACACUGUGUUGAAAAAUACAGUGGGUUGAUUGAGGUCAAAUUCGACCAUGCAGUGACGAAUGUUGGCCAGGAUGAGAAGAGCGCUUGGGUUGACGUCGAUAUAAAAGAUGGAGAAACUACAACGAAAGCCAAGUUCGAGGCUGAUUACAUCAUCGGAUGUGAUGGCGCCUCAAGCAUUGUAAGACGAUCGUUGUUCGGGAGAAAUUGGCCGGGAGAGACCUUGCCAUAUCGAUUCGUCGUCCAAAAUGUCUAUUAUGAUGGAUUUGAGAAGCAUAACUGGGAUGGAGGAAACUAUAUGAUUGACCCAGAACACUGGGGUCUUAUCGCCCGCAGAGGCAAAGGGGGAUUAUGGCGUGUUACUUACGGAGAUCGAGUCACAGGAUUGACGGAUGAAGAAUACUUGAACCGUCGACCUGUGCACCUCAAAGCGAUGCUUCCAGGUCAUCCCGAACCUGACCAAUACCGGAUCGAACAGACAAAUCUAUACAACAUCCACAAUCGCUGCGCAGAUCAGUUCAAAGUUGGCCGAAUUUUACUCGCAGGCGAUGCUGCUCACAUCAAUAACCCCAUGGGUGGCUAUGGUUGCAUGACAGCUGUGCUUGACGUCGGAGGAUUGGCUGACUGCUUCAUUGGAUAUGCUAAGGGCUUAGCCGGAGAGGAUAUCCUGGAAAAGUAUGCUCAGAUCAGACGUGAUAUCUUUCUGAGAUACGUUGAUCCAAGAUCGAUGAAGAACCUGAAUCGUGUGGCGACUUCGGAUCCUGUUACAGUCUUGGAGACAGACAAGUUCUUUAAUAUUCUGAGAGACUUGCAAAAAGAUGAGAAUGAUAUGAGGGAAUUUCUCUUGGAGAGAAAGUACUAA